UACAAAUGAAUCCUGGUGAGAGAUGCUGCUCGUUGGAUGGUGAUGCUGACCGAAUUGUUUACUACUAUGUAGACUCUGUUGGCCAUUUCCAUCUUCUAGAUGGAGAUAAAAUAGCAACUCUAAUCAGCACUUUUCUUAAAGAACUUCUGAUAAAGGCUGGACAAACCUUAUCUUUUGCAGUAAUACAAACAGCUUAUGCCAAUGGAAGCUCUACUGGUUAUCUGGAACAAACCAUGAAGGUGCCUGUUCACUGUGCCAAAACAGGAGUGAAGCAUUUGCAUCACAAGGCCCAGGAAUUUGAUAUUGGCAUUUAUUUUGAAGCAAACGGUCACGGCACAGUAUUGUUUAGUAAAGCCGCAGAGGAUAAGAUAAGAUACCAGGCAAAAGAAGAACGAGAUGUCCAAAAAAGGGAAGCUGCAAAGAUGCUUGAAAACACAAUUGAUCUGAUAAAUCAGGUAGGAGUGUUGGUGCAUUGCUAAAGAAACUUGUCUGUAGUUGUCUUGAAAUAAAACCUGGCUCCUAUUUGCACACCUUAUCUAUUCAUUGAGUUUCAUGGGUAAAAAUACAGAA